AUGACCAACUGUUGCUCCCCUUGCUGUCAGCCUACGUGCUGCAGGACCACCUGCAGGACCACCCUGCUGGAAGCCACCUGUGUGUGACCACCUGCAGCAGCACACACCCCCUGCUGCCAGCCCUCCUGCUGUGUGUCCAGCUGCUGCCAGCCUUGCUCGCCAACUUGCUGUCAAAAUACCUGCUGCCAUACCACCACCUGUGUGACCAGCUGCUGCCAGCGCCCCACCUGCUGCCAGAGCACCUGCUGCCAGCCCACCACCUGCACCUCUGUGGGUCAGCUGUGUGAGACCAGCAGCUCCUGUGCACCUGUCUACUGCAGAAGAACCUGCUACCACCCACACAUGUCACUGCCUGCCUGUGGUUGCCUAAAGAGCUAUGGAUCCAGCUGCUGCCAGCCCUGCUGCCGCCAGCCUGCUGUAGCGGAGACCACCUGCUGCAGGACCACUUGCUUCAGCCCACCUCCCACCUGUGUGUCCAGCUGCUGCCAGCCUUCUUGCUGCUGAUCAAUUCCCAAGAGAACCACUAUCUUCUCACAACAACUUUCUGCUCAACUGACUUAUCUUUUGGGGGACUAGUUUACUUUGCUGCUGACAGCCACCAUGCUGUCGCCCACAUUUUUAUGAGCUCUCUGCAUGUUUAAUAUCUUGUGAAUCAGCUUCAGGGAUGGCAGAAUACUUCAUCCUGAUUCUCUUUUUCUUAUACCUUGUGGAUCAUGUGCCAGCUUUGUGUGUUCUCAAUUUGGAGUCAUGAUCUCAACUUUGACUCUAAAGUCAAGAGCUUCAUUCUCUUCACCUAAGAAACUUAAGUUUCUGCAAAUGAUUAAGAAUCUUCACAACUAUGUUUUCUUUUCAAUAUACUCAUGAUUCUUGUAUCCUCCUUCCUUCUUUUAAUGAUCACUUUGGGCUAUCUCCCGAGAACCAGGAAUCUUACCUAUAUAUUUCUUAAUAAAUAAAUUCGGAACCAUUCUUCAU